AUGGGAGGUUUAAGUGAGUUAUAUCUAUCAAGAAAUGAGUUGUAUGGUUCGAUUCCAAGCACCAUAUUACAGCUUCAGAAAUUGGUAAUUCUUGCAUUAGAUAUGAAUAGGUUAGACGGUACUAUACCUAAUUCAUUCGAAAAAAUGGUCAGCUUGGAGUACUUGGAUCUGUCACAAAACAAUUUGACGGAUCAAAUUCCAGAGUCGUUAACAAAGCUUGAGCAUCUCAACUAUCUGAAUGUCUCUUACAAUGAGUUAUCAGGUGAAAUACCAGAUGGAGGGCCUUUUAGUAAUUUCACAGCUGAAUCGUUCAUUGGCAACGCAGAGUUAUGUGGACCACCUAGAUUCCAAGUCAAGGUGUGUGAAGUCCAGAACAAUGUGACAAGAAGAAACAGGAAGAAAACAGUACUAAAAUUUGUUCUUGGACCAGUUGCAGCUGGAGGUUUAGUCAUAGGGGUUUUAGGCAUGAUAUGGUUGUUAAAUUAUCGGAAACGAAACAACCAACUUAUUCCUUUAACUGAUUGGUAUGAUCAGUUAUCACACAAGAGGUUUUCUUACUAUGAACUUGUUCGAGGGACUAACAACUUUGACGAAUCGAAUUUGAUUGGAAAGGGAAGCCUUGGUAUGGUUUAUAAGGGGACAUUUACAAAUGGGACUACAGCUGCUGUAAAGGUUUUCAAUGCACAAGUGCACGAUGCAUUCAAGAGGUUUGAUUUGGAGUGUAAGGUUUUGCGUAACAUUCGACAUAGGAAUCUUGUUAAGGUGAUAAGUAGUUGUGCAAAUCUUGAUUUCAAGGCAUUGGUGUUAGAAUACAUGCCUAAUGGAGAUCUUGAUUAUUGGCUUUACUCACACAACAAUUUCUUGGAUUUAAUCCAGAGGCUGAAAAUUAUGUUUGAUGUGGCUUGUGCCGUAGAGUAUCUACACCAAGGCCAUUCACUCGUUGUGGUCCAUUGCGACUUAAAACCAAGUAACAUACUUUUGGAUGGCGAUAUGGUUGCCAGGGUAAGUGAUUUUGGUAUAUCCAAACUCUUGACGGCGUAUGAUCCAGUGGCAUUGACAAAAACCUUAGGCACCAUUGGCUACAUGGCACCAGAGUACGGGUCAGAAGGGAUAGUGUCAACAAUGGGAGAUGUUUACAGCUACGGCAUUUUAUUGAUGGAAACCUUUACAAGAAAGAAGCCAGUAGAUGACGAGUUUGUUGGAGACCUUACAUUGAAGAGAUGGGUCGCGGAGUCAUAUCCUCAUAGGGUCAUGGACAUUGUGGAUGCCAAUUUAUUUUCAUCAGAUGAUAGUGAACAUUUGAUAGCUAUUGAAAGUUGUUUGAGUUCGGUAUUGGAAGUAGCUCUUGAAUGUACUGUGGACUUGCCCCAAGACCGAAUUACCAUGAAUAAUGUCCGCGUAAGGCUCAACAAGAUCCAAACUCAAUUUUUGAGCCAGUAA